CACGCGCGGCGGCAGGUUCGGCAGCCGCGGAGCUAGCGGAGAGCGCGCCAGGCGCGCGCGUGGCUCUCUGCCUGUGUCUGUGCGGCGGGGUCAGUCUGGGGGAAGUUUCGGGGCUGCCUCGGGCGCCCUAACGCGGAAAAAGACAGACCAAAUGGCAAAACAAUCUUCAGAUUUGAAUUCUGAGUGUGAUAGAGAAGGCAGACAAUUGCAACCUGCUGAAAGGCCGCCUCAGCAUCUUCGACCUGGGGCCCCUACCUCUUUACAGACUGAGUAUCAAGGUAAUCAUUCAAGCGAGCAGGACGGUGCUUCACCCAGUAGCCCUCAGGGAUCGUUGGCACCACCCUCCAGCCCCAGCCCGUUUGCUACCAGAUCCCCGUUGUUCAUGUUUGUAAGAAGAUCCCCACUGCUGUCCAGAUCCUCCAGUGGGUAUUUCUCUUUUGACAUCGACAGGAGUCCUGUACCUAUGAGUUGCGACAGGGCCACGCAGACUCCAAGUCCCCCCUGCCAAGCCUUCACUCAUUAUUUGAGCGCAAUGGGUAAGCAAGAUAAUAAUGCUUCCGGGCGGCAGCCUGAAGAUACACGGCCAGAAAUAUGGAUUGCACAGGAAUUGCGGCGCAUUGGAGAUGAAUUUAAUGCUUCCUACUGUCCAAGAAGGGGUUUCUUGGAUUACCUUGCAGUAAACCACCCAAUUGUAAUUUUGCGCCUGUUGCAUUACAUUGUCCGCCUCAUAUGGAGAAUGCAGUGACUAAUGCAUAGAGAAGCAACUGGGAUUAUUUACUCAUUAACAGCAGCCAUGAACAAUGCCUGCGUAUGCAGCUAGCAGGUCUUUCCUGACUUCAAAAGACAUCCAGCAAAUGCAGGGAGCGAGAGGACUCCGUCUCAGACAGUUUUUACCCUUUUCCGAAGAAAAGUGAGUUUUUAAAAUGGAAGUUCAUUGUCACAAAAA